AGUACUUUAUAUUUUUGGGAUUAAAUAUUGUUGGAGCUUCACUUCCUUACCCAGCCGCCCUUGCCUUACCCUAGAGCCGCCCUUGCGCUUUUUACUAGGAUUUUUCAGGUAAGUUAUAAAAGGAGGGUACAAUGAGGUUGGAGAAAUGUUGGUUUUGCUCCUCAACUGUAUAUCCAGGCCAUGGUAUUCAAUAUGUUCGAAACGACGCUAAGAUAUUUCGGUUCUGUAGAUCAAAGUGUCACAAGAACUUUAAGAUGAAGAGGAAUCCACGAAAAGUUAAGUGGACUAAAGCAUAUAGACGGCUGCAUGGAAAGGACAUGACUCAGGACUCAACAUUUGAAUUUGAGAGAAAGCGCAAUAGGCCGGAGAGAUAUGACAGGAAUGUCACUGAGAACACUCUGAAGGCCAUUCAGAAAAUUGAUAAAAUCAGAGUUGUCAGAGAUGAAAGGCACCACAAAAACAGGAUGAAAGGUAAGAAAACCAAGGAGCAGAGAGAAGCAACAAAGGAGCUCGAGCAGAGCAUUCAUAUGGUCAAAGCACCUGCUGCGCUCGCCAACGACCCAUCUCUCACCUUGCCUAUCAAGGUCAAGGUUUCACAGCAGAAAUCCGAGGAAAAUCGUAUGGAGGAGUAAGCAUUUCCCUUAUUCUCAAAACGGAAAUGCAAAAUCAUAACUUUCCUGCAGUGGUCAAUUUUGUCGGCGUGCGUAACAAUAUGUAUAGCCUUUUUGAUUACUAGUUGAUGUCAUAACUGUGAUAAAAUUCACUUAUCUUUCGUGCUCACCACCAGUGAUGACUUUUUUUUUUUGAAGAAAUUAUCAGAGUACUUCAUCCUGUAGAAGAAAUAUUUACUAGUUGGGAAUGUUUUGUGUUUUCGAUUAUGAAUUGUUUGUUGGAUCUUUUUUCUUUUCUUUUGAAGAGAUAUUGACACAUUUUCA